AUGACGUACAUGGGCGAUUUGGAGAACAACGUCACUGUUACUUAUGACUUGAUGCGAACGGCGGCUUUGAUGGGCUACAACUUGAACCUGGCUGGCCAGGGUGACAUUGAGAAGUCUGUGUGGGAAGAAGUCAACACCCUGGCGAAGGCGUCUGGGUCCAAAGUGAAAGUCUGUGCGUCAGCUGCCGAGGCAAUGACCGGCGUAGAUUGCGUCUACACAGACAGCUGGAUGAGCUAUGGCAUUCCGAAGGAGGAAGAAGAGGCCCGAAUGAAGCUCUUCAUGCCCUACCAGGUGACGACGGAUCUCAUGAAGCUUGCAAAGCCCGACUGCAUCUUCAUGAACU